CACAAUCUCCCAAUUAGCGCGUGUAAUCGAUUGUCACAGUUACACAUCUAAAACCCCGUGAAACUAUUUCUCCUCUGAAACCCAACGUCCUCUGCCCAAUCUCACAAAAAAAUUCCGUUGAGUUGAAUCCUAUGGCCGACUCACCGGAGGUCGCAGUUGAUCGACCGCCACCUUCGCCGCCCUAUCGAACCGGAAAUUUCGAUCCAUGCCUCCACAACCCGCCUCUCGACGCCACUUUCUUCUCCGAGGACCUCUUGAUCGGCGAAGGUGGUCCGAAUGCCGACGACGAGAAAAACAGCAUCGGGGUCCUCGAGGGCCUCGAUUUCGAUUUCUCCUUCGACGACCUCUGCCUCCCCAUUUCCGACGACCUCGACCAACUCCUCGAACCCGCGCUAGCGCCGAUUUCCCAAUCUGGAUCAGACCCUAAUAUCCCCCAAUUGUCGCCGAAUUUCGACCAGUUUCAGUCAGUUUUUAAAUCUACAUCUGAGGAAUUGCGCCAUCUUCUAGGGGACAACGAAUUCCUGGGCGAUCAGAACUGGGAGGGUUCCGGCGUUCUGAGCUCCUCUUCCCCAGAGAUGGAAUCUCAGCAGAUUUCUGGCUAUCUGAACAUGCCGUCUCCGGAAUCGAACGGAUCGAAUCGCGACAGCACUGAGAAUUGCGGCAGCGACGCCGAUGAGAAGGUGCUGAAAUGCAAUUCGCUGGAAUCUGAGGGUUCCGGAAAUUGCGGCGGUGGUGCCGAUGAGAAGGUACUGGAAUGCAAUCCGCCAGAAUCUGAGGAUUCAGGGAAUUUCAUUUCAAAUGUAUCCGAAGAUACUUGCGCCACCAGAUCGGUAAGUUCUUCUCCCAAUUCGAGUAAUAGUUCAAUUGGGGUUGGAGUCGUUGAUCAGAAGAUUAAAUUAGAGGAGCCUGCUAACAAUAACGGUAGUACCUCGCUGAAAAGGAAAAACGAGGGCGAGGAUUUGGGGAAUGAUAGUAUCGAGUCAAGGACUAACAAGUAUAGGAAAUCAUCUAACUCUAGUUUAGAGAAUCACAAUACCAGUGGCAACAACAAUGGAGUUCCAAGUGAGGAGGAAGAGAAAAGGAAGGCUAGGCUGCUGAGAAAUCGAGAGAGUGCCCAAUUAUCGAGACAGAGGAAGAAACACUACGUGGAGGAGUUGGAGGACAAGGUGAAGACAAUGCACUCAACCAUUCAGGACCUGAAUGCUAAAAUCACCUUUUUCAUGGCUGAAAACGCAACUCUCCGCCAGCAAAUGGGCAGCCCGGCCACCGGAGCUCCGCCUCCUCCACCGAUGGCCCCACCGCCUCCCGGAAUGUACCCUCAUCCAGCCAUGAUGUAUCCAUGGAUGCCAUGCCCCCCACCUUACAUGGUGAAACCACAAGGUUCGCAAGUGCCUCUGGUGCCGAUCCCAAGGCUGAAAAAGAAGCAACCAGCUCCAACACCAAAGACGAGCAAUAAGGUGAACGGAAAGAAAAACGAGGCGCCAAAGACCAAGAGAGUUGCUAGUGUUAGUUUUCUUGGUCUGCUGUUUUUCAUAAUGUUGUUUGGAGGCCUGGUGCCGAUUUUCAACACGAGGUACGGAGGGGUUAGGGAGGCUUUUACAGGAGGAGAUGGUUAUAUCGGGAAUGGGCUUCGUGGGAGAGUGUUGAUGGUGAACGGGACUGAGUACGGUCAGCCGAGUGGAGGUGACCCUGGUGCCGGCGAAUUUGUCCGGUCGGGAAAUGGGAGUGAACCACUUGCGGCAUCAUUGUAUGUGCCUAGGAAUGAUAAGUUGGUUAAGAUAGAUGGAAAUCUGAUUAUCCACUCGGUUUUGGCAACCGAGAAAGCCAUGUCGUCUCACGGGAAGGGAAGCAGUGAGACGGGUCUGGUAGUUUCUAGAGAUUUACCUCAUGCAAGACCUGUUCCAGGUGUGGGGAUAAAUGGUGCUAGGCAUCCACAGUUGAGGGCUCUCGGUUCUGGUUCGGUCGACAAUGAUGGGAGCCUUCAGCAGUGGUUCCGUGAGGGCCUUGCAGGGCCAAUGUUAAGCUCCGGCUUGUGCACCGAAGUCUUCCAAUUUGACGUCUCGGCAGCCGGAGCCAUAAUCCCAGCUGGCCCUUCCACCACACGAAACGUGUCCAAAGUCCAGACUCAAAACUCGACAAACCCGACAAACAAGGCAAGAAACCGGAGGAUCCUCCAUCCGGUCCACCUCCCCGAACCCUCCCACCACAACAUAUCCACCGAGCAAUCACAUGCCGGUGAAAAUCAAAAUCCUAAGAAAGAAAACCUCAAAAACACAUCCUCGAUGGUGGUUUCGGUUCUGUUCGACCCUCGGGAGGCCGUGGAUGCUGACGUGGACGGCGUUAUGCGCACAAAGUCUCUCUCCCGGAUUUUCGUUGUCGUGCUCAUCGACAGCGUUAAGUACGUGACCUACUCGUGUAUGCUCCCGUUUGCGGGGUCCGGGCCCCACCUGGUGACUGCUUGAAAAGGUCG